GGCCCCCACUGGCCGAGUCGGCCAGCGAGCUGAUUGAUUUGCUUUUUCCUGGAGAGAGCGGCCGGGCUGCGCUCGCGCCGCCAGCACCUGCCCGCGCCGGGCCGCCUUCUUCCCUCUCCCGCGCCGCAGCCGGAGCCCCCAUGCCCCGCGCCGCCCCCCGGUGGCCGCCGCUCCUGCUGCCGCUGCUGCUGCUCUUGCUGCUGCCGCCGCCGCCGCCGCCGCUCGCCCGCGGCGCCCCGGCCCGGCCCGGCGCCCGAGGGCAGGCCUCGGAGCUGGUGGAGCCCACGCGGUUGCCGGGCAGCGCGGGCGAGCUCGCGUUCCACCUGUCCGCCUUCGGCAAGGGCUUCGUGCUGCGCCUGGCGCCCGACGCCAGCUUCCUGGCGCCCGAGUUCAAGAUCGAGCGCCUCGGGGGCUCCGGCCGGGCGGCCGGGGGCGAGCGGGAGCUGCGCGACUGCUUCUUCUCCGGCACGGUGAAUGGGGAGCCCGAGUCGCUGGCGGCCGUCAGCCUGUGCCGCGGGCUGAGCGGCUCCUUCCUGCUGGACGGCGAGGAGUUCACCAUCCAGCCGCAGGGCGCGGGGGGCUCCCUGCGCCAGCCGCACCGCCUGCAGCGCUGGGGGCCCCGGGCGCGCCUCGGGACCCCCGGGUUCGCCUCCUCCGAAGCCCACCCCCUCCCCGGAGGACCCGAGUGGGAGGUGAAGGGAGAGGAUCAGAGGCAGGAGAGAGGAGACGAGGAACAGGAGAAGGAAGAGGUGGAGGAGGAGGAGGAGGAGGAAAUGGAGGAGGAGGGGGGCAAAGAAGAGGAGGCAGAAGGCGUCCGCGAUCUGCCACCACCCCUGGGGGCCACGAGUAGGACCAAGCGGUUUGUGUCCGAGGCUCGCUUCGUGGAAACGCUGCUGGUGGCCGAUGCGUCCAUGGCUGCCUUCUAUGGAGCUGACCUACAGAACCACAUCCUGACGCUGAUGUCCGUGGCAGCCCGCAUCUACAAGCACCCCAGUAUUAGAAACUCCAUCAAUCUCAUGGUGGUAAAAGUGCUGAUCGUGGAAGAUGAAAAGUGGGGCCCGGAAGUGUCUGACAACGGGGGGCUCACCCUGCGCAACUUCUGCAGUUGGCAGCGGCGUUUCAACCAGCCCAGUGACCGGCACCCAGAACACUUUGACACAGCCAUUCUGCUCACCAGACAGAACUUCUGUGGGAAGGAGGGGAUGUGUGACACCCUGGGUGUGGCGGACAUUGGCACAAUCUGUGACCCCAACAAGAGCUGCUCUGUGAUCGAGGAUGAGGGGCUCCAGGCGGCCUACACCCUGGCCCAUGAGCUAGGGCACGUCCUCAGCAUGCCCCACGACGACUCCAAGCCCUGCACACGGCUCUUUGGGCCCAUGGGCAAGCACCACAUGAUGGCGCCGCUCUUCGUCCACCUAAACAAGACACUGCCCUGGUCUCCCUGCAGUGCCAUGUACCUCACAGAGCUCCUGGACGGUGGGCACGGAGACUGUCUCCUGGAUGCCCCCACGUCGGCCCUGCCCCUCCCGACAGACCUGCCAGGCCGCAGGGCCCUCUAUGAGCUGGACCAGCAGUGCAAGCAGAUCUUUGGGCUGGGUUUCCGCCACUGCCCCAACACCUCUGCACAGGACAUCUGCGCCCAGCUCUGGUGCCACAUGGAUGGCACCGAGCCCCUUUGCCACACGAAGAAUGGCAGUCUGCCAUGGGCUGAUGGGACGCCUUGUGGGCCUGGGCACCUCUGCUGGGAUGGCAGCUGUCUGCCUGAGGAGGAAGUGGACAGGCCCAAGGCUGUGGUGGAUGGAGGCUGGGCCCCAUGGGGACCCUGGGGAGAAUGUUCCCGGACCUGCGGAGGAGGAGUACAGUUUUCACACCGUGAAUGCAAGGACCCUGAGCCUCAGAAUGGAGGAAGAUAUUGCCUGGGUCGGAGAGCCAAGUAUCAGUCGUGCCACACAGAGGAAUGCCCCCCUGAUGGGAAAAGCUUCAGGGAGCAGCAGUGUGAGAAGUAUAAUGCCUACAAUUACACCGACAUGGAUGGGAACCUCCUACAGUGGGUCCCCAAGUAUGCCGGGGUGUCCCCCCGGGACCGCUGCAAGCUGUUCUGCCGAGCCCGGGGGAGGAGUGAAUUCAAAGUGUUCGAGGCCAAGGUGAUCGAUGGCACCCUGUGUGGACCAGAGACUCUAGCCAUCUGCGUCCGUGGCCAGUGUGUCAAGGCUGGCUGUGACCACGUGGUGGACUCGCCUAGGAAGCUGGACAAAUGUGGGGUGUGUGGGGGCAAAGGCAAUUCAUGCAGGAAGGUGUCUGGUUCCCUCAACCCCUCCAGUUACGGCUACAAUGACAUUGUCACCAUCCCAGCUGGUGCUACUAACAUCGAUGUGAAACAACGAAGCCACCCGGGGGUCCAGCACGACGGCAGCUACCUGGCGCUGAAGACGGCCGAUGGGCAGUACCUGCUCAAUGGAAACCUGGCCAUCUCUGCCAUAGAGCAGGACAUCUUGGUGAAGGGGACCAUCCUUAAAUACAGCGGUUCCAUUGCCACCCUGGAGCGGCUGCAGAGCUUCCGGCCCCUGCCCGAGCCUCUGACCGUGCAGCUCCUGACUGUCCCUGGUGAGGUCUUUCCCCCCAAAGUCAAAUAUACCUUCUUCGUUCCAAAUGACGUGAGCUUCAGCACACAGAACAGCAAAGAGAGGGCGACCACCAAUGUCAUCCAGCCCCUGCUCAAUGCGCAGUGGGUCCUGGGGGACUGGUCUGAGUGCUCCAGCAGCUGCGGAGCUGGCCGGCAGCGGCGGACCGUGGAGUGCCGGGACCCCAACGGCCAGGCCUCUGCCACCUGCAGUGAGGCUCUGAAACCCGAGGAUGCCAAGCCCUGUGGAACCCAGCCGUGCCCGCUGUGAUCCCUGGGGUGGGGGUGGGGGGGUGGGGGGGCGGGGCCGGUCUCGUGCUCAUGGACUCGGGGUGCUGGGGUGCAGACCGGCGUACCCACUGCGGUGACCCGACCUAUGGAGGCGGCAUGGCCUAUCCAGGCCUGCCAUUGCCACAGCCACUCCAAUUUGGCAUGAAUUCACGAUGGGGAGACGAGAAUGGGGACAAUAGAUCCUAAAGUCUACUAUCUGGUGGGUUGGACCUAGUGCGGGUUCAGGUAGAGGUUAUAGGUGAAAAGGUAAAAAAUGCACUUAUUGACCCAAACGGGAGACUCAGCCUGUUUGCAAGGGACUAGCAGAGUUCAAUGAAAGAAAUUUUUCCUGUUUGGUUUCCCCGAUAAAUAAUCUACCUCAGAGGGGAAAAACAAUUAGUAAAAGAGAGGUGCAGAGUGGGGAGGUCAAUGACGAAUGUCAAAGCGCCAUAGCUGCGCCCCCGGGGCUGUCUUCAAAAAUGAACGUGACUGUCCUCGGUAUUCAAAUCCAUCGCCUGCAGGGCUGCAGAGUCGCAGGACUGUGGAGAGCCACGGGUUCUCGGGCUUCCACCUGCAGGGGUGGAUCCAUUUCAAGUAUUUAUGCAAAUGUGUCUCUGAACUAAAGUGUGAUCUUGUGCCAAUGCAGUGGUCUGAGCUGGUUCAGUAUUUCUUUGGAAAGGGCAGAGGACCCAGAGCCCAAGGACAGAGGCUAAAACUAGGUCAGCAGACCUUGAACACACCCAGGGAAGCUGGCACCUUGCUUCCGUCUCUCGGGCCUUCCUCCUGCUGAAUCCGGCUCACUCGAGCAACUCUUCUUUAUAAUCUAGACCAGUGGUUCCCAAACUCGACUGGGCAUUAGGAUC